GUUGGCUGCACUUCAGUCAAUCUGAACGUGAAUGUGUACGCAUCACGGUUACACGGGUGACGUGGAUGUGGUGAUGUGACUAUGUUGUGACAAGUAAUUUUUCGUUCCAGAGGACUUAUCCUCUCUCAUUCUCUGUUUUGGAAUUUCUCUCUGAGUCGUACUAACUUGAAAAAUUAUUAUGGCAACCUACGAAGAAUUUAUUCAACAAAAUGAAGAGCGAGAUGGAGUCCGCUUUACUUGGAAUGUGUGGCCAUCAAGUCGCGUGGAAGCAACGAGACUGGUGGUCCCCCUUGGCUGUCUGUAUCAGCCCAUCAGAGAGAGGCCAGACCUUCCACCCAUCCAGUAUGACCCUGUUCUUUGCACUCGCACAACGUGCCGAGCCAUCUUAAAUCCCAUCUGUCAAGUGGAUUAUCGGGCAAAGUUGUGGGUCUGCAACUUUUGCUUUCAGAGAAAUCCUUUCCCUCCACAAUAUGGAGCGAUUUCAGAACAACACCAGCCCGCCGAGCUCAUUCCAAUGUUUUCAACCAUUGAGUACACAAUAACAAGGGCCCAGUCAUUGCCCCCUAUAUUCCUCCUAGUUGUGGACACUUGUGUAGAUGAUGAAGAAUUAGGGGCUUUGAAAGACUCUCUCCAGAUGUCACUAUCAUUGGUGCCACCCAAUGCCUUAAUAGGUCUCAUCACUUUUGGUAAAAUGGUUCAAGUACAUGAACUUGGUUGUGAAGGCUGCUCUAAAAGCUAUGUCUUUCGUGGCACUAAAGACCUGACUGCCAAGCAGAUUCAAGACAUGCUUGGCAUCGGCAAAUAUUCAGGUCCGCAACAACAGCAGCAGCAGCAGCAGCAACGCGCUCCUGGAUCCCAGCAGCCUCUGCCAAGCAACCGGUUCCUUCAGCCAGUUCAUAAAUGCGACAUGAGCCUGACCGACUUACUGGGUGAACUUCAGCGGGAUCCGUGGCCUGUUGCACCUGGAAAACGUCCUUUGCGGUCAACUGGAGUGGCUCUUUCCAUUGCUGUAGGCUUGCUAGAGUGCAUGUACCCCAACACAGGAGGCCGCAUCAUGAUGUUUGUUGGUGGUGCCUGCUCUCAAGGACCAGGUCAAGUUGUCAAUGAUGAUCUGCGCGAACCUAUUCGUUCCCACCACGAUAUUCAUAAAGAUGCUGCAAAAUAUAUGAAGAAGGCUAUUAAGCAUUAUGAAGCUCUAGCUGUGCGUGCAGCUAACAAUGGCCAUGCUAUUGAUAUUUACUCUUGCGCAUUAGAUCAGACUGGCCUACUUGAAAUGAAGCAGUGCUGCAAUUCAACUGGAGGUCACAUGGUUAUGGGUGACUCUUUCAAUUCAUCCCUAUUCAAGCAAACAUUCCAGAGGGUCUUUGCCCGUGAUCAGAAACAGGAAUUGAAAAUGGCUUUCAAUGGUACUUUAGAGAUCAAAUCUUCAAGGGAGUUGAAAGUGUCUGGAGCAAUUGGUUCUUGUGUUCCCUUAAAUGUGAAGGGUCCUUGUGUCUCGGAAACAGAAGUGGGAAUGGGUGGAACAUGUCAGUGGAAGUUCUGCACUCUCAGCCCAAGCACAACAUGUGCCUUUUUCUUUGAAGUUGUUAAUCAGCAUGCAGCUCCUAUUCCCCAGGGUGGUCGAGGUUGUAUUCAAUUUAUCACUCAAUACCAACAUUCAAGUGGUCAAAGACGUAUUCGAGUCACUACAAUUGCUCGCAACUGGGCUGAUGCAUCUGGUAAUUUGCAUCACAUCAGUGCUGGGUUUGAUCAGGAGGCAGCUGCUGUUCAAAUGUCUCGUAUGGUUGUUUAUCGUGCUGAAACUGAUGACGGUCCAGAUGUUCUGCGAUGGGUUGACCGAAUGCUUAUCAGGCUGUGCCAGAAAUUCGGGGAGUACAACAAAGAUGAUCCCAACAGUUUCCGCCUCUCGGAAAACUUCAGUUUGUACCCUCAAUUUAUGUACCACUUGCGUCGCUCCCAGUUCUUGCAAGUGUUCAAUAACAGUCCAGAUGAAACAUCUUUCUACAGGCACAUGCUCAUGAGAGAAGACUUGUGUCAGUCAUUGAUUAUGAUUCAGCCUAUUUUGUAUAGCUAUAGUUUCAAUGGUCCUCCUGAACCAGUCCUUUUGGAUACGAGCAGUAUUCAACCUGACAGAAUUCUACUCAUGGACACAUUCUUCCAAAUUUUGAUUUUCCAUGGUGAAACUAUCGCACAGUGGCGCUCUCAAGGAUACCAGGAUCUACCUGAGUAUGAAAACUUCCGCCAACUACUGCAAGCACCUGUUGACGAUGCACAGGAAAUUCUGCAAACUCGCUUCCCCAUGCCUCGCUAUAUUGAUACUGAACAAGGAGGCUCUCAGGCCCGUUUCCUGCUUUCCAAAGUCAAUCCCUCUCAAACACACAACAAUAUGUAUGCAUAUGGAGGGAUGGUGCCUGCAAGCUCUGGGGAGAGUGGCGCUCCAGUUCUUACCGAUGAUGUGAGUUUGCAAGUAUUCAUGGAACAUUUGAAGAAGCUCGCUGUAUCAUCAACUGCAUAGUUUCCUUGCGUUGAGCUGAAACAUGUCUUAUGGCAUGUUACAUAUGGCAACUGAGGCUGCCUUUCUUGUAAAACUUUAUUUCACUAAGGGGAGGGGAGGUUUCUGAAUGUAAAUGAAAAAUGAAUUAAUGUAAAUGAAUUUCAUACCCAAUAUAAAAAAAAACAACUAUUGUACAAAUGUAAUGAGUUUAAUCCUCUAAAGCAUUUACUUUUUAAAUAAUUUAUUGUGAGAAAGAAAUACAUUGUGAAUAUUAAAACAACUUCAAAAUAGUCUUUUA